AUGGUUACCACAUACGUUGAAAAAGUUAGACCAACAGCUUUACCAAAUGGUACUGCUAUCAAAAAAGCUCCAUUAGAAGUUGCUUCUUCUUGGAUUGCAAAAUUUCAAGAUGCUGCAAAGACUGCAGACCCUGAAAGAUUUGAUGAUUUGAUUUCUACCCAGGGUUUUUGGAGAGAUAUUAUUGCAUUUACUAAUGAUUAUCGUUCAAUUGCAAAACCAAACAUUUUACAAGCUGCUAAAGAUAUUUUCACUUCUGAUAGUGUUUCAAAUAUUAGAUUAGAUGAUGAAAAACCACCAAGUUCUCAAUCUCCUUUCCCAAAUUUUUCAUUUGUUGAAUCUUUUUUCAAAUUUGAUGCAAAAUUAGGUCCAGGUGUUGGUAUUGUUAAAUUAAUUCAAGAUCCUGAUGGACAAAUUAGAGCUUUUUCAUUAUUCACCAUUUUGAAUGGCAUUAAAGAUCGUCCAUUUUUAGCAGGUGCUGAUAGAAUUAGAGGUAAACAUAAUACUGAAAAUUCUUAUGAUGAAAUUAGAGCUAAUGAAUUAGAAAAUGUUAAACCUUCAGUUAUUAUUGUUGGUGGUGGUCAUAAUGGAUUACAAGCAGCUGCUCAUUUAAAAGCACUUGGUGUUGAAGCCUUGGUUAUUGAUAAAAAUCAAAGAACUGGUGAUAAUUGGCGUUUACGUUAUAAAUCAUUAUCUUUACAUGAUCCUGUUUGGGCUAAUCAUUUAUCUUAUAUGCCAUUCCCUGCAACUUGGCCAAUUUUUACACCUUCUGGUAAAUUAGCAAAUUGGUUAGAAUAUUAUGUUGAUGUUUUAGAAUUAAACGUUUGGAAUUCUUCAACAAUUGUUUCUGAUGGAACAGAUUUUGAUGAAGCUACCAAAACUUGGAAAGUUACAAUUAAUCAUAAUGGUAAACAAAUAAAAUUUGAUUCAAUUUCUCAUGUUGUUUUAGCCACAGGUCUUGGUGGUGGUCAUCCAAAACUUCCAAACCCUUUCCCAAAUCAAGAUGCUUUCAAAGGUCAAAUUGUUCAUUCAUCUCAACAUGGUACUGGUUCUGAUUGGAUUGGUAAAAAAGCACUUGUUGUUGGUGCUUGUACUUCUGCUCAUGAUAUUUCUGCAGAUUUUGCAAAUAAUGGUGUUGAUAUCACAAUGUUACAACGUUCACCAACAUUUGUUAUGAGUGUUAAGAAAGGUAUGCCAAUUGUUACUGGUGGAUAUCGUGAAGAUGGUCCAGAUAUUGAAACUGCUGAUCUUUCAGGUGAAUCUAUUCCAAAAUAUGUUGCUAAAUUAUAUCAUCAACAUUUAAUUAAAUUGAUUGAAGAAGAAGAUAAAGAUUUAUUAGCUGGAUUAGCUAAAGCAGGUUUCAAGACAACAAGAGGUGAAGAUGAUUCAGGGUUUUUGAUGUCUGCUUUACAAAAAGCUGGUGGUUAUUAUUUUGAUACAGGUGCUUCACAAAAAAUUAUUGAUGGUGAAAUCAAAGUUCAACAAGGUGAAAUUAAAUCUUUCACUGAAGAUGGUGUUAUUUUCAAAGAUGGUACACAUUCUGAAUUUGAUGUUAUUGUCUUUGCUACUGGUUAUACUGGGUUUAAAGAUACUGUUGAUGGUAUCUUGGGUUCCAAAUACGCUGAACAAUUGAAACCAAUUUGGGGGCUUGAUAAUGAAGGUGAAUUAAGAGGUGUUUGUCGUGAUUGUGGUAUUCAAAGAGUUAUUUAUAUUGUAGGUAAUCUUUCAGCUGCUAGAGUAAACACUAAAAUUGCAGCUUUACAAAUUGUUGCUGAACAAGAACAUGGUGAUUUGGAUAGAUAUACUAUUGAAAAACAAACUGAAAAGAAUUGA